AUGGCAAACCAUCCUCACGGCGGCGUCCUCAAGGACCUCUUCGCCCGCGAUCUGCCCCGCCAAGCCGAGCUUAGCGAUGAAGCUGAGAAAUGCCCCGCCAUCGUCCUGACCGACAGACACCUUUGUGACCUCGAAUUGAUUCUCAAUGGUGGCUUCUCCCCCCUCGAAGGUUUCAUGACCGAGAAGGACUACGAUGGCGUCGUUGAGAACAAUCGUCUGGCUGAUGGCGCGCUUUUCAGCAUGCCAAUUACGCUAGAUGUCGAUCAGCAGCAAAUCGAUGCUUUGGAUAUCAGGGUGGGUGCCAAGUUGACCCUGCGCGAUUCCAGAGACGAUAGAAAUUUGGCCAUUUUGACCGUCGAGGAUGUCUAUAGACCGGACAAGGUCAAGGAGGCCAAGGAGGUGUUUGGGAGUGACGAUGAUAGCCACCCCGGUGUCAAACACCUCUUCAACGUUGCCAAAGAGUUUUACGUUGGUGGCAAGCUCGAAGCCGUCAGCCGCCUGGAGCACUAUGACUUCCUCGAUCUCCGCUUUACCCCUGCAGAGCUUAGAUCCCACUUCAGCAAGCUCGGCUGGCAAAAAGUCGUCGCUUUCCAGACCCGGAACCCCAUGCAUCGUGCCCACCGUGAGUUGACGGUUCGUGCUGCUCGCUCGCAGCAGGCCAAUGUUCUCAUCCAUCCCGUGGUUGGUAUGACCAAGCCUGGUGACAUUGAUCACUUCACCCGCGUUCGAGUAUACAAAGCUCUGCUUCCGCGCUAUCCCAAUGGCAUGGCUGCCCUGGCUCUGCUGCCUCUGGCUAUGCGCAUGGGUGGCCCCCGCGAGGCUCUGUGGCAUGCCAUCAUUCGAAAGAACCACGGUGCCACCCACUUCAUCGUUGGCCGCGAUCACGCUGGGCCCGGCAAGAACAAGAAUGGCAAGGAUCACUACGGUCCGUACGACGCCCAGAUCAUGGUGCAGAAGUACCAGGAGGAGCUCGGAAUCAAGAUGGUUGAGUUCCAGGAAAUGAUUUACAUUCCUGACAAGGACGAGUACAUGCCGGCCAACGAGAUUGCCGAGGGAACCCGCACCAUGAACAUUUCCGGAACCGAGUUGCGCACCAGACUUCGGACCGGUAAGGAUAUUCCCGAGUGGUUUUCCUACCCCGAGGUUGUGAAAGUCCUUCGAGAGCAGAAUCCAUUGCCACGGGAAAAGGGGUUCACCGUCUUCCUGACGGGUUAUCAGAACAGCGGCAAGGACCAAGUUGCCCGCGCCCUGCAGACCACCUUGAACCAAGGCGGCGGCCGGCCUGUAUCCAUGUUGCUCGGCGAGACCGUCCGCUCCGAGCUCUCAUCAGAGCUUGGCUUUAGCCGACAGGAUCGCGACCUCAACAUCUCGCGUAUCGCCUUUGUUGCCUCUGAACUGACCAAGGCUGGCGCUGCCGUCAUUGCGGCUCCCAUUGCCCCAUUUGACAAGGCCCGGGCCCAAGCUCGCGAGCUGGUUGAGAAGUCUGGCCCAUUUUUUCUCGUCCACGUCGCCACUCCACUUGAGUAUUGCGAAAAGACGGACCGCCGUGGCACGUACAAGCGCGCGCGCGCCGGCGAGAUCAAAGGUUUCACUGGCGUCGAUGAUCCUUAUGAAGUGCCUUCCCAGGCGGACCUGACGGUCGACCUCACUAAGCAGAAUGUUCGAUCUAUAGUGCACGAGAUUGUUCUCUUGUUGGAGAGCCGUGGCCUGUUGGAUCGUGUGUAA